UCAGGUAUCAGUUCACACUCUAGCGAGAGGAACAAAUGCAUACAUGUGUUCACCCCCGUGUAUCCACAAUGUUGUUAUUGCUUUUUGUCAGUAUCCUGAAGGCAUUCUGCCCUUGUUCAGGAGAGAAUGGUCUUCUGCAUGCAUACUCCCCUGGGGACAUCAUCAUUGGAGGACUUUUCCCUGUUCACCGAGAAACUAAUAGGAGCACAAUGCCCGGACCACUUAAAUGUAGCACGUAUGAUUUCAAGUCGUUCUUACGCACUCAAGUGAUGAUAUACACCAUCAGAGAAAUAAACCAGCGCACACCAAGGGUUCUACCUGACUUCACCCUAGGAUAUGACAUCUAUGACACUUGUGGAGAUGUCAACUUUGCCAUCAGAGCAACGCUCCAGCUGCUGAAGAACCAAUCAGACCCUGAGAGGUGUUUAGUACCUGCAAGCUUUCAAUCUGCUUUACCUGAACCCCAAACAAAGGCAGUGAUUGGUGAAGGGUAUUCUGAAGUAUCAAUAGCUAUUGCACGAGUUAUUGCUCUGUCAUCAGUGACCCAGAUUAGCUAUGCAUCAACAAGUGAACACCUCAGCAGGAAGAGGAAGUUUCCCACUUUUCUGCGAACAAUAUCUAGUGAUGAGCAUCAGACACGGGCCAUUGCUAAGCUGGUGUACAAGUUUAAUUGGAAAUCCGUGGCCAUUGUAGGAAGUGAUGAUGAGUACGGGAAGUAUGGCAGUGAUAACCUUGUGUACAUCUUCCGUGAAAUAAAGAAAAUCUGCAUUGAAUUCAUUGACAUCCUACCUGGUGACUUUUACGAAGACCUUACGAAGGUGAACGCGCUGGUGAGCAAAAUUAAUAAAUCCUCUGCCGAGGCCAUCAUCAUGUUCACCAAAGACACCAAUGUGGGUCCCAUCAUGCGAGAAGCCAUUAAUCAGAAACUCAACAGGACUUGGAUUGCAAGUGACUCAUGGUCCACCUCUUCAAAAGUCUACCAACUGAAAGGCAUUGAGAAGGCCGGGGAGGUUUUUGGAUUCAUCUCUAAGAUGAACGAGGUGCCUAGCUUCAAAGACUACGUCAUGUCAAUGUUCAAUGGAACCACUAACGCCAUUCUCGAACAUUACCUGACCCAUUAUCCACUUUGUUCUUAUCGGACUGAUGACAACAGGCAAUGUGACUGUUUUACCACAAACAGCCAACCCGGGUCCGGGAAAUGUCAGGACAUAAGAUGUGUGGCCGAUAACAUUGACAUGGAUAAAUUAUACAAUGUCUACUUAGCUGUUCAAGUCAUUGUUGAGGGUCUCAGACACUUGCUGAAGUGUGACAACCAGCAGUGUAAACAUAGCGGAAAAUUUACAGCCCUGGAGCUUUUUAAGGAAAUCAAGAAAGUCAACUUCACCGUGAACACCACACAUAUAUUUUUUAAUGACAAUGGAGACCCCAGUUUAGGGUAUGAUAUUGUGUAUUGGAACACAACUAAUUCCACACGCAUAGAAAAUGUUGGAGAAUACUGGCCACAUAGAGAAGAAAUCAUAAUCCCAUUUGAUGUUGUUGGAAAGCGCAAUGUGACGGUGACUGCUUACAACUGCUCCAAAACAUGUGCGCCAGGGCAGGAGUUGAAAAUGCAAAGCAAAGAGUGCUGCAAAGAUUGUGUUCCAUGUGCAGAUGGGGAGUUUUCUGCUGGAAAUGGUGAGGAGUGUCAACGCUGCAGUCAAGAUGAGUUUUCAUCUCCACAGAGGGAUAAGUGUUUGAACAAAACUGUUGAAUUCCUACAUUGGGAAGAUCCCUUUGUUAUUAUUUUGAGUUGCUUGGGAGUCUUUGGGAUAUUUGUUAUAUUUGUGUUUGCUAUGUUGUUUACAAUGUAUCAUAGCACUCCCAUUGUGAAGGCUGUUGGAGGCUACUUGUGUUUCUUGGAGCUUUUUUCCUUGCUGGCCUGCUUCUGCGUUAUGUUUACCUUCACAGGAGAGCCCACUAGGGUUAGCUGCAUGGUAGGCCUGCCUGUUUUUGGCCUAGCCCUGUCCCUCUGCAUGGCCUGCAUUCUGGCCAACCUCUUCCAAAUCUUAGUGGGCUUCAACUUUGAUCUGAAGAUAGGGUCCUGGAAGAAGAAGCUCAAUCGGCCGCUGGCUGUGGUGACCAUUGUCUUUGGGGUCCAGUUGGCCGUUUGUGUAUCAUGGCUGUACUUUAAUCCCCCGUUUCCUGAUAAAGAGACACUAAACAAUGCCAUCGUGUUGAAGUGUGACAAAGGCUCCGACAAGUUCUUUAUAGCCAUGUUAGGCUACAAUGGUUUCUUGGCCGUUAGCUGUUUGCUGUUUGCAUUCAAAGGUAAGCAGUUGCCAGAUCUGUAUAAAAAUGCACGUUUAAUCACCACCAGUAUGAUGCUGUUUUUAAUCAUUUGGAUCCUUUUAAUCCCAAUUUAUAUCAGUUUGAUUGGGAAGUACAAACGUGCCAUUGAAGGUGCAGCCAUUCUAAUUUCUAGCUACAGCAUCCUCUGCUGUCACUUGGCCCCAAAGUGUUACAUCAUGGUGUUCAGGAAAGAGAUUAAUAAUCAGCACGCCAUCACCGAGUACAUCAGGAAGCAUUAUGAGCAGAACAACAUGGCUGUGAUCAAAUCCUGACCUCGCAUGUACAUUUAUAAAUGCUGUGCGGGUGAUGGGUUACAAUUAGCCGCACAAAAAUCUCUCUUCCUUUGCUGAAUUCACAGCCACUGGUGUUUGGCCAGUUUCUCUCUGGCUCAACGGCACAGACUUAGAUAAGUGCUUAAGUGUGAGAGGCUGUUUAAAGGACAUAUUUCGAAACAUAAUCUCAAAAAGAGAUUUAUUCAUUCUAGCACACCGCUUUAUUGCCAACAUAUCUGUCCUGCUUUAUUGUUAGAAUGUAUCUUUACUGGUUGGGGUUUUACUUUAUUUUAUUUCUGUAUGAUCUUGAUUUAGUUACCUCAGUGCUGAAAUGUUCCAAUGCUGGUUCAACCAUGUAAAGCACUUAACUUUGUUUUUGAAAAGCGCUGUAUAGAUUAAGUUUAUUAUUACAUUUAUACAUUAUUUUAUAUUUUUAUUAUUACAAGAAGUGGUUCAUGGGAGGAAUGGAUGGCUGGCUGCUGUUGGCAGUUGUGAUAUCAGCCUUCUGUGUGUAUGAGUGUAUUUCCCAGAAUGAAUAUCAUCACACACUGUAUGUACACUAGGCUACUUGUGUCUCGCCAUACGCACGACAUUUACUGAACCUUUUUUCUCGUAUACAAUCCUUAGAAGUUCUAAAGCUUGUGUCAUUGCAUUUGUUAUCUUUACUGCUGUUAUUACCACUGCUGAUAAAUCAUGAGUUGUUUUCAAAAGAUGUUAAUAUAAGAUCAUCUUGAAUUUUCGAACUGCCAUUGUAUAUACAGGAUAAAAGAUGGGGAAACUGCGAAAGACACCUUUUACUUUUUGUUUUAUGUCAUGUCCCUGACCUUUAUUGUGUAUCAGUUUUAUGUGCGUCUUUCAGAUAUGAGUCAGACACACUGCUUAACUGACACCUGCAAUUACUGUUUUGCUUUUCACUUCAUUUUGCGUAAAUAUAAUUUGACAGAUGUUUCACCAUGAAGGGCUAUAUACUGUCAAUGAAUAAAUGUUGCUUUUCUGUGUGAA